UCAGCAACAAGGGGCGGGACAUCAUUAACAGCAGGAAGGAAGACGAGUGAGGGCAAAACAAGUGUUUUUUGUUUUUGUUUUUUUAUUGACAAAUUGAUUCAAAGCGUUUAAUAAGUUUCUCACUUUUCAAAAUGAGCGACGCAGUUUUCUCUUAUGAGAGUUUGGUUCACGCUCUUUCAGGAGCCGUGGGAAGUGUGACUGCCAUGACAGUGUUUUUCCCUCUUGAUACUGCAAGACUAAGGCUUCAAGUGGAUGAAAACAGGAAGGCCAAAUCAAGUCACGCCAUUCUGGCAGAAAUUGUCAAAGAAGAAGGACUAUUAGCCCCGUACAGAGGUUGGUUCCCUGUCAUCUGCAGCCUGUGCUGCUCCAACUUUGUCUACUUCUACUGCUUCCACAGCCUGAAGGCCGUCUCGCUUAAAGGAAAACAGUCAGCGCCCAGCACUGACUUACUCAUAGGGAUCGCUGCAGGUGUUAUAAAUGUACUCGUUACCACUCCUCUGUGGGUCGUCAACACCAGACUGAAGCUUCAGGGUUCCAAGUUUCGCAACGCAGACAUACGGCCCACCAACUACUCUGGCAUUCUGGAUGCUUUCGUGCAGAUCAUCCGUGAUGAGGGUGUGGGAGCCCUGUGGAACGGGACCUUCCCAUCCCUGCUGCUGGUGCUGAACCCUGGCAUACAGUUCAUGAUUUAUGAAAGCCUGAAGAGGCAUCUGAGGAGAGGAGUUCCCAGGGAGCUGUCAUCCAUAGAGGUCUUCAUCAUCGGGGCAAUUGCCAAAGCUAUUGCUACCACGGUUACGUACCCACUGCAGACUAUACAGUCCAUUCUUAGGUUUGGUCAGUUCAACGAGUCAACAGACAACUCCAGACUACUGACCAGUCUGAGGACUAUCAAGUGUCUGUUGGUCAAACAGAGUGAGGAAGUCUG